AUCCAAAUAUUGCUGUCGCUGUCAUUCCAGUUUAUUUUUGGAGUGUGAGAACAUCUUAUCUAAUAAGUGGUUUUCGGUUUAUAAUUUCCAUUACCUCGCAUAUUUUUUGUUUAAGUAGAUUUUACAAAGUGUAAAAUGUGCAACUCGUUAUUAUGCAUUUUGCUCAACCCCGCAGAUUAUUAUAACAGUGCUAAACCUUUUCAAAAACAGUGUAAUUUGAGAACUAUGUAUCGUCAGUGAUAUCUUAUCUGUUAAGUGUUAUCAGUACCUGCAAAGCAAAACAAAUAGGUUUAAAAUACGUCUCAUGGCAGCAGCAUCACUGAAACGCAGUCGAUCAAGGCGCCGUAUAGCAGCGGUAACAUUUUUAUCCAAUAUAUCUUUAGACGGGAGCUACAAGGACACCAAAUUAGCGCGCUUGCCAAGAAACGGAGCUAUAAACAAGAAUAUAUAUAACCCUUAUAAUGACUACAUUAUUGAAGAAUCCGAUGGAAACGAUGAAUGCUUCAGUGAAACAGAGAAUGUAUCGGUGGACAACAAAGAAAACAAGAGGAAAAUAGCUAAAACCGCUAAUGAUGACAAUUCUGCAAACUCAGAUUCGGAUAGUUUUAUUACACCACUAAAAGUACAUUUAGAUGAGAAUGUUCUGAGAGUUAAAAGUGAGGAGGUAUCUAAAGAGAGGUUGUCUAGCAGUAGUGACUCGGAUCGUAAGCUGAUUUCUAAACUAAAAAAGAAGGCCCCAUAUCAACCUUCCAUUAGCAAUGAGCUAGAAAAACAAACCUACGCUAGUAGCGUAGAGAGUUUAGAGCCCAUAAAGCUGCGUAACACUCCUUCACCGGCACUGCUACAAGAACCGCGACAGAAGGUUCAGAUAGUCAAACCUCGAGACGGUAUGAAGUUUGGAGAUGAAAGAAUUUUUAUGGUAACAGCCAAACACAUACCAUUUCUGGUUUGUUCAUUUAUACCUUAUACAAAAACAAGGUCAGGUCAAAAACGCGAAGAAAAGCGUAAAAGGACAACCUCUGGAACUAGACCACUGUCUUCGGUUGGAGAUGCACUGGAUCCAUUUGAUUAUCUUGGUAUAGAAAGAGCAUCUGAUGGCCAGGAAGUUUCUUAUGGAUUUUUAUUGACACCAACUCACAGAGAAGGACCUACAAAGAGAAAUAACACCAUAGAUGAUCCAACUGAUCAAUCACAUUUAUCAAGAAAACAAAGACAUGUGGUCGCUAGGACAAAGGUAAUAACUUGGCAGCCAGAUCAUAAAUGGUGCUUCUCCUAUGACCAAGGAGCCCAAAAAGCUUCUGCCCAUGUUCUUUCUCAAUCGCCGCCCGAUAUGAAAGAGGAAACUUUGAGCGGCGGUGCUCUUGCGUACCACCCGCACCUUUUAGACGAUCCGGAAUUGAUAGCUGGAAAACAUCGAACGUUGCUCACCUUUGCUUCGUACAUGACAUCGGUCAUUGACUAUGUGAAACCGUCGGAUUUGAAGAAGGAAAUAAAUGACAAGUUUAAGGCGAAAUUUCCUCACAUUCAACUCACACUAAGUAAAUUAAGAAGCAUCAAGCGCGAAAUGAAGAAAAUUGCCAAGCACGAUUGUUCCAUCGACCUGCUAACAGUGGCGCAGGCGUACGUUUACUUCGAAAAGCUCAUUCUACGAGGACUAAUCAACAAACCCAACCGAAAAUUGUGCGCCGGAGCUAGUCUUAUAUUAUCGGCCAAGUUGAACGACAUCAAAGGGGACACGCUCCGUUUACUCAUAGAGAAAACGGAGACGACGUUCAGAGUUGGACGGAAGGAGUUGAUAGCGUGCGAGUUCGCGGUACUGGUGGCCUUGGAGUUUGGACUACACGUACCCACAUACGAGGUGUAUCCCCACUAUCAGCGUUUACUAUACGAUUCAUGACCUAUGCCUCAGUCUGCCAAUGUAUCUUGCUUGAAUUUUCCGAUUCCUUUUAGCAAAAAAAUAAUAUUUUGAAAUUUAUAUUUUUUACACAGUACCCAAGUUACUUACUACACGAUGGCCCACUG